AAUUUCUUUAAUAUCUGUGCAGGAAAAAAAUGUUAACUAUGCGUGUUAUGUGAUUAUACGUGUUUGUGAUGUAUAUUGCCGUUUGGAAAUUAUGGAUGAUAAAGAAUGGUUGAGAAUCGUGUUCACGCGGUAUUUAAUGGUGAUAACAGAACAAUAUACCAACAAAGUUGGUCAUUUUUUAUCAAAAUUUGUAUUUGAAUUUUAAAGUUGACCAUCGUCUUAUUUGACCGUUUUGCUAUUACUUAACAUGUGAAAAAUCAUGGUAAUUGUGUGCAACCGAAUGUAAAAUAAUUCGUGGCAAUUUAUUAGAAUUCUGUAUUUAUUUUAUUUUGCAUGUGACAUUAUUAAAUCUGUAUAAAUUGUUAGUUUAAACAGAACAACAGACAUGGGACCGAUUCUUGUCGAUCGCAUUAUAAGCAUAAGUAGUGAAGAUCAAGCUCAUAAGGCAGAAAACAUUCUACAUAAUUCGGAUUCGCAUCAUACAUGGCGUUGUAAAGCUGGAGAAAAACAAGCUACGGUAAUUCUUCAAUUGCUUAAAUCAUCAGUCAUUAGUUCCAUUGACGUGGGAAAUGACAAUUCUGCUUUCAUUGAAAUACUUGUUGGAAAAUCUACUUCAGAUGAAUUUCAAGUUCUAUUGGUAACUUCUUCUUUGAUGUCUUUGCACGAAUGUAAAAACGGACUAAAUGUAAACAAAGUUCGUUUUUUUAACUCUGAUCAAUUAUCACCUGCUUGUAAGGAAUCAUGGGAUAGAGUAAAAAUUGUAUGUACGCAACCUUAUAUUAAGCAAGCAAAGUUUGGCUUAUCGUUCAUAACAUUUCAUACUAAAGAUGAACCUAAAAAAAAACCUAUUGAACCAGAGUCUAUUCAACUGGGAGCAUUUACAUUAAGAAAUUAUGAUGAUCCUGAUGAUUUAACAUCUGUUGGUAGAUUGUUUUCCAAACGACAUGAAAAUAGAGAAAUGGUCAGAAUGCCAGAAUCACCGGUUAAUCGUUUACUUGCACUUCAUAAAAGAAACUUAAAUGCUGAAAAACACAAAAAUACAGAUUAUAAAACUAAUAUUAAUUCACCUUCAACAAGUCAGAAGAUUUCCAAAACUCCAAAAGAUUCUUUAAAAACUAAUAAAAUUGAAUUAGACGUUAAAAAAAAACCCUCAAGUACUUCACUAGCUAUUCAAAAAAAAGUUGACAAAAGAAAAGAGUCUGAUUUGUCAGGCUCAGAACCUGCCAAAAAGAAAAUUAAGUUGAAUAAAAAUCCAUUACCAAACACAAAACCAUUUAGUAAAUUAUUUAACGAUGUAGUAUUUGCUAUGAGUGGUUAUGAAAAUCCUUAUAGAGGUAUAAUACGUUCAAAAGCUUUAGAAAUGGGUGCAAUUUAUAAACAUAAUUGGGACCAGUCAUGUACUCAUUUAAUAUGUGCUUUUAUUAAAACACCUAAGUAUCAAGAAGCCAAAAAACAAGGAGCAUAUCGUAUUACAACGAGUGAUUGGAUUGAUAAAUGCUAUUCAAAUAGAUGUCGAUUUCCAUGGAGAAGAUUUGCUCUAGAUAAACAGGAACAAAAUAAACCUGAGAGUGAAGAUGAAAUCCAUGAAAUUGUUGAAUCAGUUCCUGCUGAAAACUCCGAUGAUGAAUGGAACAAUAUUCCUUCGAAGUCGCCAGAACCAUCAACAUCACAAACAAAUAUUUUAGAAACUCAAGAAAACAGUAUUUUUGAUGCGGAUACUGAUAUUGAUUCAGAUUUAGAUGUUCCUUCUGAUAUAUUAACUGACAAAAGCAAUGUACCAUUACCUUUUCUAAAUAAUGUGUUUCAUAAUUAUUCAUUUUAUUUAUCUAGCAGUUUAAAACAUUCACUUAAAAAAGAAUGUUAUCGCUAUAUAAUAGCACUUGACGGAAAAUUGAGUUCAAGAGAUAAAUGUGAUUAUAUUGUUUCAUCUGAUACAAAAGAUUUAAAGUUGAAAAAUACUGUUCCUCCACAGUGGAUUUGGGACUGUUAUGAUGCAGAAAAAAUUCUACCUCUGAAAAAUAAAUUUAAUUAAGUUCUAACUUUUUAAUAUUAAACAGUUUUCAACAUUU